AUGGCUGCCUGGGUCACUGAAUUGUGGGAAACCAAAAUGAGGCAUAAUCAGCUAUGUUGUGAGACACCACCUACUGUCACUGUACAUGUAAAAUCAGGGUCAAAUAGAUCACAUCAGCCUAAAAAACCCAUUAACCUGAAGCGUCCUGUUUUUAAAGAUGGUUGGCCAGCAUCUGAAAAAAAUGCACAUAAUAGCAACAAGUCUAAACGCCCCAAAGGACCCUGUCUAGUUAUACAGCGUCAGGAAAUGACUGCUUUCUUUAAAUUAUUUGAUGAUGACUUAAUUCAAGAUUUCUUGUGGAUGGACUGCUGCUGUAAAAUUGCAGACAAGUAUCUUUUGGCUAUGACCUUUGUUUAUUUCAAGAGAGCUAAAUUUACUAUAAAUGAGCAUACCAGGAUAAAUUUCUUUAUUGCUCUGUAUCUGGCUAAUACAGUUGAAGAAGAUGAAGAAGAAUCCAAAUAUGAAAUUUUUCCAUGGGCUUUAGGGAAAAACUGGAGAAAAUUAUUCCCUGAUUUCUUAAAGUUAAGGGACAAACUCUGGGAUAGAAUUGACUAUAGGGCUAUUGUAAGCCGGCGAUGCUGUGAGGAGGUUAUGGCCAUUGCUCCAACCCAUUAUAUAUGGCAACGAGAACGCUCUGUGCAUCACAGUGGAGCUGUUAGAAACUACCACAGAGAUGAAGUUCAACUGCCCCGGGGACCUAGUGCCACACCUGUAGAUUGUUCACUCUGUGGUAGAAAAGGAAGAUACGUUAGACUGGGAUUGUCUUCAUCAUCAUCUUCAUCCAGUGAUACAGGAGAGGUGUUGGAGAAACAUUCUCAGGAAUCAUACAACUCAUUCUCAAUGGACAUGAUAGUUGAUCCUUCUCAAGCUUAUAGCUAUUCUCAAGCCAAUGACCAUCAAUCAAACAAAGAAAAGAAAACUAAUUUCAUGAAGAAAGACAAAUCUAUGGAAUGGUUUACAGGAAGUGAAGAAUGA